UAAUAAUUUUAAACGGCAUUUAUUGAUUUUGGGAUUUUUCUAAUAUAAUGAAGCUUUCAAGCUCAUGGUGUGCGAAACUUCCUGCAAAUUGCAUGAGUCUUCUUCGACCAUUCAUUAAUCAUUUUUCCCGUACACAGGACACAAAUAGUGACGGUUUUGUAAGCCUUGAGGAGUUGAAUUGGGUGCUUCAAAAGAUAGGUAAUAAUAAUUCUCAAUUUAGCUUAGAUGAGCUUGAAUCUCUUGUGGAAAAGAAGAGUUUAGAUUUCAAUGAAUUCUUGUUCUUUUACAACUCUAUAUCGAAGCAGAACAUUGGAGAAAGCAGAGGAGGUGAUGAUGAAUUGGAGAGGGACCUUGUGAAGACUUUUAAUGUGUUUGAUUUAGAUGGAGAUGGAUUCAUCACAAGCCAAGAACUUGAGUUUGUGUUGAAGACGCUUGGUUUCUUGGAGGAAACAACUGGUAUGGAUUGUGGAACUAUGAUUCAUUUCUAUGAUACUAAUUUGGAUGGUAGGCUUGAUUUUCAAGAAUUUAAGAAUAUGAUGUUGCCUACAAUUAAUGCAUGACUAAAACUGUAUUUUAUUAUUAUUUAUUUUGUAAAUUUGUUACUAUUAGUAUUCAUUGACCGAUCAUGUGUCAUCAUUAUUCAAGUGUAUGUCUAAAUGAUGUAAAUUGUUGACAAACAAUAUUUAGAGGAUAUGAAAAGUCUAAGAUUGGUACUGCUAAUUAAAUUAGCAAUCCACUAUAUGAUGAAAUCAGGUGAUUUACUGUGGUUA